AUGAAGGCGGAAGAUUUCACAAACCACGGAGUGUUCGCAUUAAAACGGUUCUAUCAUACCUCAUCUCUAAAGGAUAUUGAAGAGGCCAUUUUCGACUUUGAGCAGGCACUGGAGCACACCCCACAUGGAAAUCCACGGAAAGCCACCCGACUGAGUAAUCUCGCUAGUGCACUAAAUUCACGCUUCGAGCGUUUGGGAGAAUUAGACGACAUUCACAGAUCGAUUGCUAGUCUUACUGAGGCUAUCUCCAUUACUCCUGAGAAACAACCAGAGUUUCCUCAUCUACUCAGUAACCUUGGAAAUUCGUACGGCCUUCGUUAUAAACGAACUGCUGUACUCGAGGAUCUUGAUAGGUCCAUAUUGAAUCAUCUACAAGCAGUCAAUUGCACCCCCCCUCCGCUUGCUACAUGGCUCACUAACCUUGGGACAGCAUAUUUGUAUCGAUUUUUGCGUUCAGGGGACCUUACGGAUGUCAAUCAGGCUAUAUCAUGCCACCGAAGGUCAAUUAUAAGCACCUCGGGAAGUAGUGAGGAUUUGCCAGGAUUUUACAACAACAUCGGGUACUCGUAUUUUUGUAGAUAUGAGCACACCGCCGACCUCGAUGAUUUGGACGUUUCCAUCUUGAACCAUGAGAAAUCAAUAGCGCUCACUCCUGCUGGUCAUGCCGAUCUUUUCACCUGGUUCGGUAAUCUGGGCAAAUCGUACUCACGUCGUGGGGCUCGAUCAGGAAAAGUUGUUGACAUUAAUCGCACAAUAGACAAUCACCAGAAGGCACUCGAUUUGAUUCCUCGCCGACAUGCACAAUUACCAAUGGUGUUAAAUAACCUGGGAUGUAUGGCUGUCCGUUUGCACAUUUAA